CCCUCUCAGGGUAUUUUCUUUCUUUUCACAGAGGAACCGAACCCGGAGAGGCACACCGACUAUUGACUCUCACUUGGCUUGGAGGGCCCAGCUGACUGACUGGCUGCUGGAGGGCUGGAUGGAUGGAGUGAAUGGCUCUUGUGACUGUGGAUGUGGAGAGAGUGAAGCGUCUUCCUGUCUUGAUUUUUGAAUGCUGUCAGCUGUGUGGCGGAUGUUCAGGCUGUAUGUUGCUGCUUGUCACCUGACAGCAUCUGUGUGUAUAUACAUUCAUCCGUGUGUGUGUGUGUGUGUGUGUGUGUUUCUUCUCUUGUCUCCUGUUAGUGUGUUGUGAUUCAGGGUCUCCGUACAUUGUGAGCAUAGCAGAGAUCUUUAGAGCUGCCUGCUCAUGUCUAACUUUAUUGCAGCCUGGGGUGGGCUUUUUUCUCUUUCUCUCUCCCCUCCCGCAUGCUCUGGAGUUGAGGGGGUUGACCAAUUGCCAGCAGCUGUUGCUCAUUUCACAAUGGUCCCGCCCAUACAGUGCGAGGCUGGCAGUGCAGCCCUCCACACUAGAUGAGCAGCAGAGCUCCAAAGUUGGAACUAGGAAUAUGUCUACAUUAUAACCAUCAUGAAGGAAAGACUGAAACCACAGAACACAGACGAUUUCCUACUGUUGUGCUGAGAGAAGCGCAGAGUGGAGCCCCACCAUCACUGACACCCCGCCUUCCCUCCCCUGGUUGACCAGAAAAAGACAGAAAACUGUCUACGCCUGCCUUCUCAGCCACCAUACUCUGCCUCCUCAUGUUCCUUCAGGCGGAGCGGAGGCCAGGACGAGCACACACAGCCUGCCGGUCACACACACCUUGACUGGGAUGGGGCUCCUGAGGAGGCCGGUGCUUGGCGUGUUGACCGUCAGCUUCCUGCUGUGUGUCUACAUCCUGUAUGGGCACCUGGAGAAGCUACUGAAACACUGGCACAUACACACACAACCUGGCUUCACACUGGCAACGAGCAGCGGCUCACGAGACUCCGAGGAGCCUCGUGCCCCGUGCACCCAUCCGCCCCCUGCCUGCACCUUUCAGCCAGAACUCACCAUUCUGCAUGAACACACACGUGCCACGCAGACGCCAACUAUAAAGACUCAAACAUCCACAGCAGCAGAGAACAUUGUCCUGGCCACCAUAAAGUCCAGUUCCAGGUCUCAUGGCGUAGAUAAGACCAGGACCAGCACCAAAGGCCCCACACUGAAGCCUCAGCAGCCCACACAGGCAGCCAGGCCAACAGAGCCUCCCUUCAUCGGAGACACUUACAUGAGUGAAGACAUCCCACCACAAACAGACUGCCCAGACGGUAUCCGAAGUCAGGUCACAAAAACUGAAUUUGGUGGCCGAUUUCUGCAACACAUUCCAGUCCUGCAGUGGGCCAAACACGUCACUCGUGAACAGCACCAGCGUCUAAGCCGGUACCCAGGAGCACAUGGCUGGGGGGGGGUCGAUUUCAAGACACUGGUGGAAACUCUGUCUGUCCUCAACUCGUCUGCUAACUGGCAAAUGUUGGACGACUGGAAGGAUCGCAGCAAUAAAUCAGAGUGUAUCCGCUGUGCCGUGGUGGGGAACGGUGGGAUACUGAAGGAUUCAAAGAAAGGGAAAGAGAUCGACAGUCAUCACUAUGUUUUCAGGACCAAUGGGGUAAUCAUUAAGGGCUUUGAGCAGGACGUGGGCUCUCGGACCACCCACUACACGUUCUCCACCAAUACUCUGAUGAACUCCAUGAAUAGCUACGCAGGCGUUGGGUAUAGAGGACCCCCUCUGUCAAAGGAAACACGAUACGUUUUUCUGCCAGAUCACGACCGUGAUUACCUGCUGAUGAAGGCUGCAGCGACACACACUGCAGUAGAGAGCGGGCGUGAGCGGGGCAAAGAUCCAACCAAGUACUUUGGAGAGGACGUGUCAGCAGAAAAGUUGAAGAUGUACCACCCUGAUUUCAUCCGUUACGUUAGAAACAGAUUCCUUCGUUCUAAUAUUCUGAAAACCAGAUAUAAGGACAUUUACCGUCCGUCAACAGGAGCUGUGAUGCUGUUGGCUGCUCUGCACACCUGCAACAAGGUGAGUGCGUACGGCUUCAUGACCCCAGACUUUAAGAACUACUCUGACCACUACUACGACAGCAAAUAUCACCCAGUGGGCUUCUACGUCAACCACGACCUGCAGAUGGAAACAACUCUGUGGCAGCAGCUGCACCAGGCGGGCCUCAUACAACUCUACAUGCACAAACAAAUUUAGGUAGACCAGAAAUGACGUCAUCCUGUCUGCACACGAGUUACCAGCAUGGUAACGAGGGGUUCAAAAAUGGAAUGACUGCUGCUGUGAUUGUCCAGGAUGAUGAUUUAAUUUUAUUUAUCAAAAAAGUAUUUGAAAGCAUGUUUUUGGUGAUUUGCGGGUCAAAAUAGGUUCAGACAUCUGGGUUAAAACCAGACUAAAUUUGGUUAAAAAGAUUUUGGUCAAUGCUGGUCAGUCGGUGGUCACUAUGAUUCAGACUGAAAUAUUUCGAGAGUAACGAGUGUGAACGCUGUGCCCAUUCUGCUGACAUUGUGUGAAUGCAGCAUUAGCUAAAAGCACCGCAGUGCCUUAAUACAGCUGAGGGAGGGCGUGGUCAGUUUGUUUGAGCUUGUCCCCAUAAUCGUCUUCUCGUUUCUCUCACUUGUGUCUUAGUCCCUCACAUUUAGGGUGCAAUUAAGAGAUACAAAGAAGGAGGGACUGAAGGAAAGAACAUGUUUUGGGAAAUGAGUCAACCUGCUCUCAAGCGUUGUCAGGGGGCUUGAAAUGGUUCUGUCGUAUUUUACUGCCCCAGAGUUUUUAUUUGAACAGAUAAUGUGAUGUACUGUCUAAGAUGAGGGCACAAAAUUAUCACUAUAAGUUUUCUAUGGUUAUUUUUUAUGACUGCAGAGAAUCAAGAACAAACUUAAACUUGAAUUCACAUUCAAGCCUCACAGAGCUGCUAGCGUGGCUGUCAUCGACAAGGUCACAUACAACAACAUUUAAAGGGCGACAUUUCAAAGUGUAGUCACAAGCUGCUACAAACUGAAAUGGUGAUUGAAGUGUUGUUGAAACAAGAGUUACCCUUCACCCAAAUUUAGCCUCGUUGACUUGUUUUGACCUGCAAAUCACUAAAACCAUGUUUUCUGGGAUGACUUUAGAGCGUAUCAUACAAUCCGUCUCUUGCUGCUAACGUGGAGUUUCUUGUUAGUGUAAUACAGUGUGUUGAGGGACAAGACUGCAAUUGAGUUGGCCACUUGCUUAAAAUAUCCCGUCUCCCCGCCCUAAAUAGACAAUCAGAGCACUGCAGGCAGUGGCCAAGGUCUAUUCUGACAUUUACUCAGAUUAGGUUCUCUCUGAGUCUGUCUGUGUAUAUUUUAAUGUGGAAGCCAACAAAAGAACCCACUGAGUGUGAAUAUAAAGCUCAGUGGUACAAGUACUUGAACCUGAAAGAUUAUUUAGUUUAAGGGAUGUGACUUAUUUUUUCUUUGAUCUUACAUUCUUUAAGCAUGCAAGUGUACUUUUUCUUUUACAAGGUGCCUCACUGUGAUGAUAAGGACACUGUGUGAAGGACUUUCAGUGCCUUUUAAUGUGAAUCAGUAGUUUGGAUGAAGCAUUAUGACAGAGGUAGAAAUUUCUGAGGUGAUUCAGGACGUUUCCACAACAAAAAUGACGAAGUCAUUGACCUUUUCACCCCGUUUGGAUUUUGGGAUGUUUGCCGAGGACUGGUCUUGUGUAAUCUGCUUGUUCAGCUGCCACACCUGGACUGCUCUCUGAACUGUGACAAUGAAGGAUCAAAAUUCAUUAAGAUUUAUUGUUGCCAAUCAUCUCAAACUGGACUGAGGCAUCACAUCCUCAAUAACACUAAUAAUAUUGUCUGCAUGAUUAAACAAAUAAGAUUUAUUGUACUGAGAAAAGAAACCAAAGAGACAAAUCAGGGAAUAUGUGUAUUUAAAAUUUAUUUUUUGUAUAAUAUCGAAUCAAUACAUAUUCAAACAAAGUGGUCCAGUCAUCUGAAAUACUGGAUCAUAUUUUUACAAAGUGUAACAGAGGAAGGGGAGACCUUUUAUAGUGCAAUUUCUGACUCUGAUUUUGACCGUUUUAAAAUAUAAAAUGUAUAAAAGGAAACAGA